AUCUCAACCAAUAGAGGAGGAGGGUUCUUCCGCGCGGGCGCGAAAUAGAACCAAUCACAAGCGAGGAGCGCUAGGCUUUUCCCAUCUAGGUCUAUUUCCUGGUCUCUUCUGGAAUACCUGAUUUCCCUGACCCAGAGGGCUCUGUGUGAUAUAAUCAUCUAGCAGAAGUUCCAAUCCUAUUUGAAAGGGCCUUCCUUCAGAUAAGAGAUUUAGUAUAUUAGCUGAAAUUGUGGAAAAUCUGAGACUGACAAUGGCUGCAGAAGCAAUCCUAACACCCCCCCCAAAGCAAACAGGCUCUCUGAUACUGAAACUGGUGCCAGGUCCUAAAAUGGGUCCAGACACUCUACAAGAAUCUGCUGUACCUCCCAAGACCAUCCACCAAUUAGUACUGGAACACUUCUUUACCUUUCUGCCAGAGAAGAACCAGUCCCAAAAUCAUAAGCCUGGCAAGGAUGACACUAUAAUCUUAGUGAAAGAUGUUACUUCAGCUCUGCAGAAUAGAGCUCAUCCUGCUUCCUGGGUGACUAUUUUUCCCAAGGAUAGGCGUGUUCAUAAACGGGAGAUGGUGCCCCAGACAUUUCCAUCUGACCUUCAGGAGCCUGUGGUAUUUGAAGAUCUAAAUGUGUAUCACUCCCAAGAGGAGUAUGUGGGCUUGGAUCUUGCUCAGAGGUCCCCCAUUUCCAGGAAUCAUGGAGAGGAGGAUGUUGGUGAUAUGGUCUUAGAAGUAGAUUGCAAUGAGAAUAAGGAAGAUGAUCACCAGCCAGAAAUACCAGAGGAUGUAGAACAUCAUGAAAUGUCAUCUGGUUACUGUGAAAGGGAUGGUUCCCAGAUUUUUAAGCAGGCAAAAGACUACGAGAAACACCCAGAUAGCCAUGAAGGGAAAAGACUAAACACUUCAAUCCCACAAGAAAAGAGAUUACGAAGUCUUUUAAUUACUGUUGAAAAUGAUACCCCAUUAGAGGACCUUUCAAAAUAUGUGGACAUAAGUAUUCUUGCACUUUCUCAGAAUCGAAGAACACGAAGAUUCUAUACAUGUCCACAGUGUGGGAAACACUUCACUGAAAGCUCUUACCUUAUUUCCCAUCAGAGAACACAUACUGGAGAAAAACCUUAUGAUUGUAUUCAUUGUGGGAAAAGCUUCAAUCAUAAAACAAACCUUAAUAAACAUGAACGAAUCCACACUGGAGAGAAACCUUAUACAUGCUCUCAGUGUGGAAAAAACUUUCGUCAGAACUCGCAUCGGAGUCGCCAUGAAGUAAUUCAUGUGAAGGAAAAACUCCUUAAAUGUCAAGAAUGUGGGAAAAGCUUCUUAGGAGAUGAAGAAUUCUUGCUUCAUCAAGAAACUCAUGAAGAAGAAAGGCCCUAUAGAUGCAGUAGAUGUGGAAGAAGAUUUAGUCGACAAUCAAACUGUACCAGACAUGAAAAAGCCCACUUCAUACCUAAAAUGCAAAAGCAAGUGUUAUCAAGUUAAUCAGUUAGACCUCAUUUACCUUGACAUGAUUCUCCCUGUGGUGACCCUCUAAAUACUAAGAAUGUAAGGAAAAUUAUUUGAAAUUCUAAACUCACAUAGUGAAACUGCUAAUAGUCUAAAUGAGAUAAAUAUCCAACCUUCACAGCUCAGGCAUUAUUUACUCUGAAGAAUGUAUAAGGAAAAAACUAUGAAUGGGCCAAGUCUUUGUAGUUCAAAGGACUAAUGAUAAUUCCCAUGUAAAGCAAUGCAAAGAGAACUGUAAAGUCUCCAAAUCUCCCUUUCAAGGAAAACUUUCCUAUGUAUUUUUCUGUCUAUCUUCAGGCUUCUCUUAGGAGUGACCAGAUAUUACUAAUAUAGUUGUAUCCUGCUUCCCUCAACAUGAAAAUCAACAUUAAAAUAUGGAAAUAAAGAAAUGAAUCAAGUAUACACAUACUUGUCAGAAUCGUGGACAUAGUGAACCAAUAACUCAUUAGGUCUGUUAAGUAAAUGACUAAAAGCUUAAAAUUCAAGGAACUAUCAUGAAUUAAUGUAAAGGGUCUAUAUAGUGGAUCACUUCCAUUUGGAUUUCACCCAAGUGCAGUUUCUGGUCCUGUAUAGCUUUUACCAUUUCAGUACAAUAUUUGUAUUUUGUGACUUAUUUUGAAUAUUCAUGUUUUAACAGAAAAAAAUGCCAUUUUCCCCUUAUAUGAUUAAAAGAAGUUUUCUGCAUUUUUAUUCUUGUCUGCAACAGGUCUUUUCUUUUUCUGUCAGCACCCAUCUUAAUAUUUCAUUAUAGACGGUGAGCUGAUAAUGAUACACAGAAAUCCAGUAUACAAAUGAAGUUCACUUGUAAUGGGAAAAUAAUUUGGAAUUCUGAUAGUUGUUCUGUAAUGUUUCCUAUGUACAUGAGAAAUUGUGUGUGUACAAUUCAAUCCAGUAAAUAUUUACUGAGUACUUACUAUAUGUAAGACAAUGUGAUGGGGAUUUUAAGACAAAAAAACUCACAAAACCUUUAUUCCAUUGGGAGAUACACCGUGUACAUAAAUAUGUGAAAACAAGAUAAUUUGGGAAGAGGGAGAACACCAGAUUCAGAGGAUGAUCAAGGACAACACAGAGAUAAAGGCUUUGGCACCCAAACUGAGCUUUGAGAAAAGAUAAAGAUUCUAAUAAACAAAGGUGAAGGAGAGCUUUAAUGUCAUAUGGUCUGAACAAAAUCACAGAAAUAAAAAGUAAAACAGCUAGUCGUCUAGUUGGGUGGAAACUGUUGGAAGGGAAAUAAUCUGAAAAAAGAUUAGAAAGGCCAGUUGGGACCAGAUUGUGAAGGGCCUUAAAUACCAAGCUGGGGAACUUGUAUUUUUGUUAUAAGAGGCAUUAGGAAACCAUUAAACCAUUGAAACCAUUGAAAGGUUUUGGCUAAGGAAGUGACAUGAUCAAACUUAUUUUAGGAAUGUUAUUCUUGCAGCUUUUUGAAUGAUCGAUGGGAAGAUCCAGAAACCAGGAGACCAAUUAAAAGGAUUCCAGUAGGAGAUGAUUAGGACCCAAAUGUACCCAAAUGUGAGAAGUUAAAGGGACAUUUAGAUGGAGAUAGCCAACUGAUGGCCACAUUCAAGAAAGAAAUUAGGUGAGAUAUAUUGAUUUGAAUAGAUGAUAAUUGAACUAAUAGAAUCUAAUGAGACUGCCAAAAUGGAGAGUGAAAAGAAAAGAGAAUAGGCUCUAGGACACAGCCUUAGAUGAUAUUCAGCUUCAUUUUUGUCUCUCCUUGUCUCUUUAUUCCUUCCCUGUUGCUCACAAGCCCACUCAAAUUUUCCCACAUCUAUAAACAAGCCUCACUUCAUUCCACUGUCCUUUUUAGAGAUCAUUCUCUCUCCUUUCCUUUUCAGCAGAACUUCAUGGAAAAUCUGUCUAUAUUUAGUGCUUUCUCUUCCUCUCUUCUUUGUUAGUAGGGCUUAUGACUGCUUCACUUAACUGAAACUUCUUUCCCCAAAGUCAGCAAUGAUCUCUUAUUUUACUAAAUGUGAUAUCCUUUUCUCAAUUCUAAUCCUUCUUGACCUAUCUGUGUUUAACAUUUGACCACUUCUGGAUACUUUCUCCCCUCCAAUUUCUUAUGUUCUAGCUCUCUCUGAUUCUCUUGACCACUUCCUGGUUUCCUUUGCUGGGUCAUCAUCUAUGUCAAGCCCACUAACUCUGGGUGCCUUCCAAGCUGUGUUCUGACCCUCUUCAGAUGUUCAUUCUACACUAUCUCACUUGGUGACCUUAUAAAUUCCUGUGGAUUUCAUUUUUAUCUCUAUUCAGAUUACUCUUUAUUCUAAACCUAGCCUAUUUCCUUCAGUUCCACAUCACAAACUUUCUGGUACACAUUUUCAGACUGAAUGUCCCACAGGCAUCUCAUACUCAAAAUGCUCAUUCUCUCUUCUUUUUCUAUCAGCAAACGUCUCUCUUCCAAGCUUCCUUAUUGCUGUCAAGAACAUCACCCUCCUUCAAUCACCUAGGUUCACAAACCCAGUCCUCAAUCUCACCUCAGAUGAUAUCUAGUCAGUUGCCAUAACUUCUCAUUUCUAGAUCCAUAACAUCUCCAGGAUCCAUACCCUUCUCUCUACUCUUCACUGCCCUAUUUCAAGCCUUGAUCCAUUCUAUUCUUCACAGAUGCCACUGAUUCUCUUAAAGCAUGGUCUAACCAAGUUACCCUUCCCGUAAUAAACUCUAAUAACACCUUUUUCCCUUUAGGAUCAAACAAACUCUUUAGGAUCAAACAAACAAAAUACUUUUGGUAUUUUAAAACUUUUCACAGCCUGGCUCCUUCUUACCUUGUUAGUCUUACAAAUUAUUCCCCCUUACUCUAUGUUCCAUCCAUACUCUUCCUCACAAUGUUCUGUUUCCUGUCAUUGUGCCUUUAUUUUCCUCCUCGAUUCUGUCUUGAAAUCUUUGGUUUCCUUCUGGUCAUGGCUCAAAUUCUAUCUUCAGUGCUAGGCAUUUUCUCAUUGCCUUAGUCUUUCCUUCCAAGGCUAUUGUGUACAUGUUGUCUCCCUCAUUAGAAUAAAAAAACUCCUUGACUAUAGGCACUAUUUUGCCUUUUUUUUUUAACCUUACCACUUUUAGCACUGUGCCUUUCACAUUAUAGGCAUUCAAUAAAUAUUUCCUGACUGAUCAUUGACUGGAAAAUUUUAAGAACAAUGCAAUAAAAAUUGGGAGAUUUAACAUUCCUAUUUUAUAACUUGACAGAUGUAACAAAGAUUACUACAAAUGUUAUUACUGACUUGAAUAGAAUUGUUGAAAAGUUUAUUUAAAUUUCUUGUAAAGAUGGCAGUGUGAAAGAUUUCAGCCAAACCCAACUUCUCUGAGAAAUUUCCCAGAAAAGAUUAAAGGCAAUGUCAUUACAAAUUCAAUAAAACCAGAAAAAACUAAUAAACUAGUCUGUCCAGUCCAGGACUACACAAGAAGAUGUCACAAAAGCCCAAGAGCAUUCUUGAUGCCAGUGGGAUCUCAGUACUGACCUUUAAGAGUUGAAGCAUAGUGCAAAGGUAUAUGCGAGGCAUGUGCUGCAGGGCUCCCUAGGAUGUCUGAAACCAGCUCUAGCUCCAGCAAUCAGGCAUGGCUUGUUAGAUCUGCAUGAGGGGACAAAGACAUCUCUUGGUUGGUGCUUGCCUAAGGAAUUUAAAUAGGGUAAAUGCACCUGUGCAGCUUUUGUAUUAAAAGACUCUUGAGGUCUAAAACAGUGAUCUAUGAAAAUAGGUUAGGAUUGGCCUGGGCCACUUUAGGAUAAGUGGAAAUCUAGUAGGUGACAGAGAAAGGAGACAAAUGAAAUAGAGAUUGGUAUACAUGUUGGGCCAACAGGAAACAAACCAGGGGUUGAGGUUAAAGACGGCUUGGUCCUUUCUAUAGGCUUGGAACUUUAUCCCAAGCCAGAGUUGCAGGAAUGAAAACUAGAAUGUCUCAUGGAAAACUGUAGCAGGACAAUGGCAGUGGUGUUAUUGCAUCAGAGGGCCUUGGCCGAUUCACUUCAUCUAAGAAUGUGGGUGAGGAUAGAACUUGGUUCUGAUUUUGAAUCCCAAUUAAGAAGUGAAGCUAGACUUGAGUAAACAGAAGAAAACUUUACAGUGAAGAAAUACUGUUGAAUGAGAAAGAUAGUGGAUUGGUCACUUUCUCCGGAUCCCUUUAACUGCCUGAUACUCCCAUCAAAAAGGAAUUAUGUACAAAGCACCUAACAAUUAUAGUUGUAUAAAAAAGAUAAAGAAGGUCCUGAUCAAGUAAAGAUACAAAUGAAUUGGCAUUAUACUUCUCUAGUCCUUAAAGCAGUAACUUGGUGCUUUUAUCCUACCAGCAGCCAGACUUGUGGCAAACCAACCAACAUGAAGGCUUGUGCUGGAGGUCCAUUAGGAACCCUCACCAGCCCCACACCCUCCAUUGCAAGGACUACCUACAUACUUUUUGUUCCCUCAUGCUAAAAGAAAAGGUGGACCGACUGCCCAACUUGGGGAUGGGAGGAAGGGGCUGAAAAUGUGAAACCUUCUGGCUCAAGCCCCAUUCCAUCUUUUUUUCUUUUUUAAACCUUUAUCUUCCAUUUUACAAUCAAUACUGUAUAUUGGUUCUAAGGCAGAAGAGUGGUAAGGGCUAGGCAAUGGGGGGUCAAGUGACUUACCUUGGGUCACACAGCUGGGAAGUAUCUGAGGAUAGAUUUGAACCCAGAACCUUCCAUCUCUAGGCCUGGCUCUCAAUCAACUGAGCCACCUAGCUGUCCUGUAAGGGAACACUUAAGACUGCAGAAAUUCUUUCCUGAACACUCUCACUUUUCUCCAUCCCAGAAAAAUCAGUAGAUGAUUAUGCAGUCCAAUUGGGGAAGGAAAGGAGAGCCCAGAGAGGAAUUAGGGGAGGGAGGAAAUCCUGUUCGGCCAGAGUAUACUGAUAGUAGGAAGACAGGUCAGCAAAACCUGUAUCCCCUGAUCUAUAGGGACUGAGGCAGCCUUAUAAUCUUCAAAAAGUGAUGGAUGAGGGGAGGUAGAAGCUUUUAAAAGAAUGAAAUAUUGAAAAUUAUCUAAAAGCUAAGAGUAUAGGCAAAUCAACUUAGAGCAUCCUAAGCCAGAAGGAGGGAUGAAUACUGAAUCCUAAAAAGCAAAUGAACAAAUGCCUGGUGAAAUGAAAAAUCUUGUAAACUCUCAAGACAGAAUAAAACAUCAAUAAGAAGAAAUUAGUUCAGUGGAUAGAAUGCUAGACCUGGAAAUUUGAGUUCAAAUCUAACCUCAAAUAUUUAACUAGCUAUAUGAUCUUGGGUAUAUCAUUUAACAUCUUCCUAAGUUUCUUCAAAUAUAAAAUGAGGUAAUAAUACCACUCAUGACACAGAUUCAUUGUGAGGUUAUAAUGAGAUAAUAUUGGUAAGGCAUUUUAAAAUCAGGAGUAAGUAGAGUUCAGAAUUUAGAGCUUUAGUUGCAGAGUUUAAAUAUUCAACAAUUUAGAAAAAUUGAAUCCAGAAUUAAGAAUUUUCUAAGGAAGGGAAAAUGAACCAAUUUUUUUUUUAAGUAGAGGAAAAUCUGGCAUAAAAGAAGUAAAAGGCAGCACUGUAAAACACACCAAAGUGAUUUAACCUGGAAGAAAGCAUACAUGGGAUAACAAGUAUCAAAGAUCUCCCAAAAGAAUGUGACAAAAAAAAUAUUAAACACCACAUUGUAGUAAAUAAUGCAAGAAAACUUCCUAGAAUUUCUGAAUAUAGAAAACAAAAGCACCAAUUUUGAGAAUCCAGUUUUUCUUCAGAAAAAAGACUCUUGAACUUCUAAUUUCCAACUCACAGCAGUUAAAUUGAAUUUCCAUUAUUAACAACAAAUCCAAAAUAGGAGAAAUGUAUAAAGAAAAGGAUGGCAUAAGAUUAUUCCCCAGGCACAAGAAAUUGCUGGAGAGAAUGGAGUACCAUAUUCCAAAAAGCAAAGGAUCUCAAGCUCCAACCCUUUAAAACAAUAUACUUUGCAAACCUGAACUUAUCAGUUUAAAAGAAGAUAAUCAACAAAAAAGGAGCAGAAGGAAUUUCUGGAGAAACAACAUAAGCAAGUUAUUCAAUUUGCAAAUUGACUAAACUACAGAAACAGAACAUAAUGGGAUAGGGAAAUCCAAACUGCACAGUGCAGUAACUGCACAAAAAAUAAAAGAGUACAUGACAAACACAAGUAGUUCCUCAGAAAAGGGAACAAUGUGGCCAGAAAGUAGCUAACAGUGAAUGGAAACAUAAAGGAAGACAUUUUUAAAAAGGAAAUUAAACCUUUUGAAAGAAAAUAAUAGGAAGAAAUGGCUUAGGAUUCCCACCAUUUCCCACCUACUCCAAGCACAGGCUGCUCUCACUGCUGCCUAAUGGCUGUCUUUGCUUCCCUCCCUCACCUGUGCCUCCUUAUCGUCCAGAAGGCAGACACCAAGGUAGCUUUGCAGAGGAUGGGUGGCUGAGUGGCAAAUUCUUAAGGUGGUCAGAGUGACUGAAAGAUGACUUUGGUUGGACCAUAUCAGGAUGCGGCCAUGAUGAGGAGUGGUGAGUUCCUGGCAGUUAGCAGAGAGAAUGAUUAUGUCUCCUUUAUUUUGCCCUCCAGCCUCAGCAGCUAUGCCUAGAACUCUAGUGCACUAACCACGAGGCCACCCCCUCCUAUAAUUUUGACAAGUCACUUUACAAGCAGUCAUGGCAGCAUCUGACAACAUGUAUUCCUCCUUCAUGUGAUGAUGUUGGCAAAAUUUCCAGAGACAUUUUCAACCAAGGAUUUUAUUUCUGAAUGUGAAAACAAAAUGCUUCAAUGGAACAGAAUUCUCAUCUUCUGGUUUGCCUAGCACAGAAAUCAGUAAAGUUAAUAGGGCCACAGUUAAAGGCAGUUGGAGACCAAAUAUAAACAUGUGACUAUGAUUUGACUUAUACACACAGACACACAAUGGAAUACUGAUAAUUCUGGAAACUGAAAUUGCAACUGAAGAUCAGAUUUGCCAGGGUUUGAAGCUGACAUUUGACACUAUCUUUUUCACCAAACAUAGGAAAGAAAAAUGGUAAAAAAAAAAUCUGCUUACAAAUGGGAAUGUAUAAACUGAUUGUAAUAUUGACUUUGAUUUUGGUGGGCUUGCAAUUUAUAGGUCAUCUGUUUUUGGUUACAUAGGCCAGUUUACUAGUUACUAGAUGACCUUAGUACCAAGUCAAAGUUGACAAAAAUUGACUGCAAAGGGUUAUAGGACUGGAGCCUUCCAGCAGCACACUAAUGGAUUGGAAUCUGGAAGUUCAAUUUAUUAGAAAGUAUGUGAUGAUCUUGAUACUUCUGUAAAACUAGCUUAGACCUGCCUUCAUUUUGGUAUUACAACUAUAUAGUGUAUUCUACUGCUUCUAUUUCUCAAAAGUUAGUAAUUCUAAUUUAAUUGGUGUGGGCCACACUCAGACUCUGAGGCCCAGUGUGUCUGCCUUGGUAGAUGGAAAAGAGCAUUAAUGUAAUGCUGAAGUUCACAAACUUGAAUUUGCCUUGGAGUUGGAGACUUAGUACAUCUGAAGAAACUUUUAAGGAAGGAAUAUCAGAAGAUUUGGCCAUAAAAUAUAUUUCCAGUGUGACCUGCCGACUUUUUUUUUCCAAGAGGAUGAUCUAAAUAAGGGAUGAUCCAAACAAAAGCUGUAUUUUAAAUAUUUAGACAAUUACUUGUUAGUUGGUUUCUAGUUAAAUUGGUUAUCUAAUCACCAGUGCUGCAGUAGUGCACUCAUUUAUACAUUAUUUAGAUGCAUUUAAUUGUUAAAUUGCUACCCACUUAUAAUGAAAUAGACCUUUUUGAAAACUAAAA